GUGUACGAAGCGACAUGAAGUUUGUAAAUAUAACGCUUGCUUGUGUAUUCGCGAUUCUCGUCGCCCUCACUGCCGUGGCCGCCGCUGCCCCCCAGAAUGGAUACUCGCUUCCGGACCCCUCCACAAGGGGCGUACUUGAGGUAGUUGAGGUCGUGCCCAUCCUGAGGGACGACCGAGUCCAAGAGGAUGACGGCAGGUACAGCUUCGACAUCGAGACUGGCGACGACAUCACCGCCUCGGAGUCCGGCUCACCUGACGGCCCUGAGGGCGCCAUCGUUGCCUCUGGAAAGUACUCCUACACCGCCCCGGACGGCACUCUCAUCGAGGUCAAAUACGUCGCUAACGAGAACGGUUUCCAGCCUUCCUCUGACAUCCUCCCGGAGCUCCCGCAGUUCGUGAAGGACCAGAUCGCCAAAGCUGCCGAAGAGGACGCCCUUGCUGCCGCCACUGCUGCUAGAGACGCUGAGCUGUCCACACUAUACCAAAGACCACAAUAGAUGUUUCGGAAGCAGAGUAUUCUUAGCUGUCUAUCUGCUUAUCCUACAGAUAGCUUUGUGAUGACAAUAGUUAGUAAUUAAAAAAUGAGUUUGUAAUAAAGAUUUCAAGCCUU